AUGCCUCAAACACCACCGGCAUCCACCUCCGUGGAGGCUGAGCCCAAAGUUGAGCAACCUGAGCAGGUCGAGACUGCCGACAAAGAAACCUCAAGCUCGUCAGAGGCGCCUGCGCAGAGCAAAGAAAAUGAUGCUGCGGCUAAAGCGCGAGAGAGGAUGGAAAGAUUCAAGGCCCUGAAGGCCCGAGCGAAAUCCGGCACGGAACGCAACCUGAAAGAAACAGCAGCCGAGACACAACGCCUAGCUACCGAUCCUGGACUGCUGAACUCGCUCUCCCGCAAGCACGCCUUUGCCUCUCACAACCUCCUCAAAGCAGACACCGAAGCUGCUGGUGAAGACUUCGAACGGAAGCGCGCCUGGGACUGGACUAUCGACGAGUCAGAGAAAUGGGACCGACGCAUGGAGAAGAAACAGCGCCACCGUGAUGAUGUUGCAUUCCAGGACUACUCUCAAGAUGCCCGCAAGGUGUACAAGCGCCAGUUGCGUGAGCUCGCACCCGACCUCGAAGCAUACGAGAAGGAGAAGCUGGCCGCUAUUGAGAAGGCUGCUGCUAACGGCGAUUUGGAAAUUGUCGAGACGGAAGAUGGCGAGAUGAUUGCGAUCGACAAGAAUGGCAGCUUCUACUCGACUGCGGACAGUGUGGGCUUUGCCGACAACAAGCCGAAUCGCGCCAAUGUGGAUAAGCUGGUUAGUGAUCUCCGGAAGGCGGAGGAGGUCCGCUUGAAGAAGCGCAAGGAGCGUCGCGGAGAUGAGGAGGGCGAUGUGACCUACAUCAACGAGAAGAACAAGCAGUUCAAUCAGAAGCUGGCCCGGUUCUACAACAAGUACACAACCGAGAUUCGGGACAGCUUCGAACGUGGUACCAUGAUCUAA